AUGGCUUCUUACAGAGAUUUGGAAGAGGAAGGAGUGGUACUAGGUCAGCAUAAUCGAGCUUCUUCACCUUCGUCUUUCUCCACAAAUGAAUCUACCCCGUUGUUGCAAUCCCCAGUUCCAGAAUUCAACUACGCCGUCAUCGAUAUCGAGAAUCCCCGGAUUACUUACACCUCACGAGGAAGAGCAGAUACCAUUGCCACGUCGUCUACCGAUACCGCUGUCGACUCCAACGUCAACGAUACAGACCAAGAACAGUACAAUUCCCUACUAGAGGCGCGAAGAAAGCGGCUAAAGCCCAAGAUCAUCCCGCUAUGUCUUGGCGCCAUGUUCCUCCUUGAGCUCAGCGUUGCGCUCAGCGUGCCGCCGACCAACGCUGUGGAGGAGAGCAUUAUUUGUCGCAACUUACAUCCGGAUGUGGCCUCGAGAUUUGCAAACAACACAGCGAGCAUACUGCUUAGCGACAAUCCGGUUUGCAAGGAAGAAGAUGUCCAGAGCUAUUUGGCCAUGUUGCAAGGGUGGCAGGCUACCUUUGACUGCAUCCCAAGCAUCCUCAUGACGGUACCGUUCGGCAUAUUGUCCGAUAAAUGGGGCCGAAGACCGGUGCUGUCGCUGGCCAUGUCGGGGGCCAUGUUGCAGAUGUUUGCGUUGGCUACUAUUCCAUCCUCGUCUAACUGCAUCCAACACACCAGAAUUGGGGGAGGCGGCGGCAUCAUCGCAGCCAUGCUCUACACCUUCAUAUCCGACAUCAUUCCCAUCGCCGAGCGAGCCACCCUCUUCUUUCAAAUGCACGCUACCUACCUCACAGCACGCAUGAUUUCCGGGCCCAUAGCCGGUUCGCUCAUGGUCAAAAGCCCAUGGAUCCCUCUCAUUCUCUCUCUGGGCCUCAUAACCCUCGCAGCCGUAACCACUCUCGUCUUCCCCGAAACUCGACAUCUCAAAGCCCAAGCCUCUUGCUCAUCAACGAAGCGUCUCGGCAAAGACGAUAAUAUCUCAACGCGUCUCCCCACAGACGACGAAGAUAUCGCUAAACCCAUGAUCCUCUCCUCUCCACCUCCUUCCGAACCAUCCACCAUUUCUUCACCCCAGAAAACCAUAGUCAACCGCCUCACCACAACCCUCCACUCCCUCACCAACUUCCUCGCCACCAGUAACAACAAAAAAAUCUGCAUCCUCACCCUCGCUCUCGGUCUCGUCGUCAUCGGCAAAUACGCCCAAGCCCUGCUUCUCCAAUACGCCACCAAGCGUUUCGGCUACUCCUGGUCCGAAGCUUCUUACCUGUUGACCAUCCCACACUUUACCUCGUUGAUAACCCUUCUUGUCAUCUUACCUUUUGUUUCUUCUCUUUUGCUUGGAACUUCCCCUCUCCGUCUUUUUGAUAGUGGCACCUCCAGCACCUCCACAAGACCACGAUCCCGCUUCCACCUCAACUUCACCCCAUUGAGCCCACUAAAAAAAGACCUCGCACUAGCCCGCACCUCCUCCCUCCUCCUCACCUCCGGGUGCUUACUCAUCGCUUUCGCAUCUACCCGCGUCUCACUCACUGCGGGCAUGGUUCUUUUCGCCGUUGGCUCCGGAGUUGGGUCAACGUUGCGGAGCUUGUUGAAUGCAUUGGUAGAUGAGGAGCAUAUGGGAUUGGUGAAUAGUGUGGUGGGAUGGCUGGAGAUGGUGGGAAUCAUGGUUGCCGGGCCGGUGUUGGCGGAGGGGAUGAGUGAAGGGCUGAGGAGGGGAGGUGGCUGGGUUGGGCUGCCGUUUUGGAUUGCCGGGGGGCUGUUGGCAGGGGCGAGUGGGUUGGUCUGGGCUGUUAGGGUUGGGGAGGGGAAAGGUGAUGGGAGGAAGGGGAGAGAGGACGGAGAGGGGGUGUAG